GAUAAAAGAUGUAGCCUCACCCAGGCCGUACUGAGCAUUAAAGUAAUUUCUUUUUAAUAUAAUAACGCUUCACCAUCUUUUUAACAAAAGCGUCGUGCCAGACCUGCAGCGCCUCUGAGUUGUUUUAAAUUCACUGUAAAAAAAACAAAAAACAAAAACACAAAAAACAAAAAACACGGCUGGUGGUGUCAAGGUGAGAGGAGAUGUGUUUUUCAUCCCGGAGCCUCUCUGUCAGUCACCGCCUCACAGCCAAUGGUAAGUUCGCCUCGGUCGGACCGACUCGCCGCUUGAUCCUCCAGUCCCUCCUCGUGCUGUCCUCGUCGUGCACGCGCGUGGUACCCACGGUCGUGAGGAGGAGGAGGAUGUUGCGCGUGAAGGGGAAAUGGCUGCCGAAAACAAGCCGGAAGGACUGAAGAAAGUUCGUAAUCCGGAUCGAAUGUACAGAUCAGCAGUGUGUUAUGCUGGCCAUGGUCCACCUAAGAGUAUCAGUGAUGACACAGAGACGAACAAUGAACAUGGACAUUUGAAAAUAUACCUGCCCAAGAAGCUGCUUGAAUGUCUACCAAAAUGCACCUCUCUGCCAAAGGAGAGACACCGGUGGAACACUAAUGAGGAGAUCGCAGCUUACUUGAUAACAUUUGAAAAGCAUGAAGAAUGGCUAACGACAUCCCCUAAAACAAGACCGCAGAAUGGGUCGAUGAUAUUGUACAAUAGGAAGAAGGUGAAGUACAGAAAAGAUGGCUACUGCUGGAAGAAGAGGAAAGACGGGAAGACCACACGGGAGGAUCACAUGAAGUUGAAAGUACAGGGAGUUGAGUGUUUGUAUGGCUGCUACGUACACUCCUCCAUCAUCCCCACCUUCCACCGUAGGUGCUACUGGCUGCUCCAGAACCCUGAUAUUGUGCUCGUCCACUAUUUGAAUGUUCCAGCCAUUGAAGAUUGUGGGAAACCAUGUGGUCCGAUCCUGUGCUCCAUCAAUACAGACAAGAAGGAGUGGGCCAAGUGGACCAAGGAAGAGCUGAUCGGCCAGCUCAAGCCCAUGUUUCAUGGCAUCAAGUGGACUUGCAGCAAUGGGAACAGCAGCUCUGGCUUCUCAGUGGAGCAGCUAGUGCAACAGAUUCUGGACAGCCACCAAACUAAGCCACCUCCCCGGACUCACAACUGCCUCUGCACGGGCACCCUGGGUGCAGGGAGCAGUGUGCACCACAAAUGCAACAGCGCCAAACACCGCAUCAUCUCCCCUAAGGUGGACCCCCGCUCAGGGGGUUACAGCAGUGCUCACUCUGAGGUACAAAACAACGAUGUGUCGGAGGGGAAGACAGAGCACAAUGCCCAUGGUGGAGGCAAAAGCUCUGGGGGAGGAGGUGGAGGGGGCAGUGCCAGGGAGAAACGUAAUGGCAAAGUCCACAAGCCUGUCCUGCUGCACCAGAACAGCACGGAGGUGUCAUCCACCAACCAGGUUGAGGUCCCUGACACCACGCAGAACUCCCCUGUCUCCAUCAGCAGCGGCCUCAACAGUGAUCCAGACAUGGCUGACAGCCCCGUGGUGACAGGGAUGAGCCACGUGGCCUCUGUCAUGUCUGGCCUGUCCCAGAGUGUCUUUAUGUCUGAGGUCACUGGAGACCCUGUCUACAGCAUGUCUCCUACUGGGGGUCCCAACAGUCAUCUGAUGGGUGCAGAUGCCACCUCACAGGGCUUGGUACUGUCUGUGACCUCUGAUCGUCACAAAUUUGCCUUCCCCAGUGGGGGAGUUGGGGAACCUGGGACUACCGCAGCAGGAGACAGUCUGUCCAUGCUGUCUACAGCUGGGGUGUCUGAGGAACUGGUGCUCUCCAGCAGUCUGGACUCUGGAACCAUCAAGAUGCCAGAGACCAAUAUGAACUUUGACCCUGACUGCUUCCUGAACAACCCCAAACAGGGCCAGACCUAUGGAGGCAGUGCAAUGAAGACAGAGGGCAACUCUUCCUCAACCUCAUGUUCCUCUGGUGGCAGCAAUAGCACCAACGGCAGUCUACAGCGCUCCCCCACCAUGUCAGACAAUGGCUAUACCUUCAGCUCAGCUUUGGUAAAGAAUAUCAAGACAGAAGAUACAUCCUUUGAGCAGCAGCUGGCCAAGGAGAGUGGUUACCAGGUGGGGGCAGUAGUAAACUGUGGCAGCGGGGUGUCUGUGUCAUCUGGUGCUGGUUCCGGCCAGGGCAGCCUUACUCUGACCCCAGCAGGCUCCCUGCUUCCUUCUGGUGGGGGUCUGAGUCCCAGCACCACCCUGGAGCAGAUGGAUUUCAGUGCCAUUGAUGCCAAGCAGGAUUUUACUUCCAGCGCUACCACAGUGAGCUAUGGUCAGGCCAUGUCCAGUCCUCACAUGCAACAUCAGAAUCGUUCACCCAGCUUCUUCCUCCAGGAUGCCUCUCAGACAGGCCAUGCUCAGCAGGGGAGGCCCAGCAUGGGCCAGAAAACACAUUUGAUGGAGCACAACUCCCAUGACUCUGGAGGUUAUAUGGGCCUACAGGUGGUGAAGACGGACUCCCCUGGCAGCAACGGCCAUCUCCACCACCACCACCACCAGGCCCACCAGACCCAGCACAGGGCCAACUGUAAUGGAGGCUCACCCACAGAGGGGCCUGGCCAGGCAGGUUCUCUCCAGCUGCUACAGUACCAGGGGACCUUUCCUGGGCUGGGCACUGAGCAUGAGGAGGUGGUGGGUCUAGAGCAACCGGGCAGUGUGAGUUCAGCUCAGGCUGGAGCCACUGAGAAUGGCGCUGAGAAUCUACUCAAGCCAGGAGACCACAUUCAGGCCUGUGGGGCAGGAAAUGGAGAGGGAGGGGGCACAGAGCACUACCUGCAACAGGCCACAGAUGGUGGUGGAGGAGGGACUGGAGGUGCAGGAGAUGGGGUAGCAAUUCAUAAUGGAAACAACAAUGGUGAUGGCAGCAACCGCUCCCAGCAGCAACAGCAGCUGCAGCCUCUCCUCCAAGGCACAAGCAUGGUCCAGGGACUCUAUAAUGCUGUCGGAACCCACCAAGGCCUAGGUGGAGCAACCAGUAAUGGAGGAGCAGGAGGGACAGGCAUGGAGAUCAGUCUAGAUCACUUUGACAUCUCUUUUGGUAACCAGUUCUCUGACCUCAUUAAUGACUUCAUCUCAGUGGAUGGCAGUGGAACCACCAUGUCAGCUGGAGGGGCCCUAUAUGCUCACCAGCUAGUCACAUCCCACAACUCUGAUAGUCAGAACACAGCUGGUGGGGUCCCCCAGCAAGGCCAGGAAGAUGGCGGGGCCAGGGGCUCAGGCUACAACCCCUCAGAGCUCUGCCUUCAACCCUGCUGCAGCCCCCAGUCUCUGAAUGGAGGGGCUGGAGCAGGGGGAAACACAGGAGAGGCAGGCUCAUUGUCAUACAUGAACGUAGCAGAGGUGGUUUCUGCAGCUGUAGCCCAGGGGGCUCUGGGGAUGCUUCAGGCCACAGGCCGGCUCUUCAUGGUCACUGACUACUCCCCUGAGUGGUCCUACCCUGAGGGUGGAGUGAAGGUGCUGAUCACUGGGCCCUGGCAAGAGGCCAGCUCAAACUACAGUUGCUUGUUUGACCAGAUCUCAGUCCCAGCCUCUCUCAUUCAACCAGGGGUGCUGCGCUGCUACUGCCCAGCUCAUGACACAGGUCUGGUGACGCUACAGGUGGCUGUCAGUAACCAGAUCAUCUCCAACUCAGUGGUGUUUGAGUACAAGGCUCGCGCUCUUCCUUCACUGCCAUCAUCUCAGCACGACUGGCUCUCGCUGGAUGAUAACCAGUUCAGAAUGUCUAUCCUGGAGCGCUUGGAGCAGAUGGAGAGGAGGAUGGCGGAGAUGGCCAGCCACCAGCAGCCGAGCAGUGCAGGGAGUGGUGGAGCUGGGGGAGGAACAGGGGGAGGAGGCGGAGGAGGGGUAGGAGGGGGAGGAGGCGGAGGAGGUGGAGGGGGAGGCAACAACAGCCAGUCACAGUGUGUACCUGGCCAGAUGCAGGCCAGCAGCUCCUUUGAGAGCCGUGUUGUGGUGGUCUGUGAGAAGAUGAUGAGCAGAGCUUGCUGGGCCAAGUCCAAACAUUUAAUCCACUCCAAGACCUUCAGAGGCAUGACACUCCUUCACCUGGCUGCAGGCCAAGGCUAUGCCACCCUCAUCCAGACACUCAUCAAGUGGCGCACCAAGCAUGCUGAUAGUAUUGAUUUGGAGUUAGAAGUGGACCCUCUCAAUGUAGAUCACUUCUCCUGCACACCUCUGAUGUGGGCAUGUGCACUGGGUCACCUGGAGGCAGCAGUGGUCCUGUAUAAAUGGGACAGACGUGCCCUAGCUAUCCCAGAUUCUCUGGGCCGCUUACCCCUCUCAAUUGCCCGAUCUCGAGGCCAUACCAAAUUGGCUGAAUGUCUGGAGCAGCUACAAAGGGAAGAGCAGCAGCCACCAGCUCCUCUACCACCCACAACUCGCAUGUCUUUCUCACCAGCCCCUGACACACCCACCACAGACAGCUGGAUGGUCAGCUGGGCAAACAACAGCGUAGUAGCACCCAGCGGCAAGAAAGGGGGUCCUGCCACCACUACAACCACAUCCAGCACCACAAGCCUCAAUCCAGACUUGAGAAGGCCCAGGUCAGAGCCCUCCAACUACUACAGCAGUGAGGGCCAAAGAGACCUCCCACUAGCUAAAAAACAUAAACCCAACCCUGAACUGUUUCAGACACGGCCUGAUAAGGCUUUGUCUGUUCCUUUGAGCCUGGAGCAGCAACAGCUCCACAAGCUGUCCUCUAGCCCCAAGAGCUUGUCCUCAGAGGGCCUGAGCUCAGACAAGGGCCUGUCUACUGGAGGCAGCACAGGGACAACAAGAUGGACCUCCAGAGAGAGUUUCUCCAACAGCGGCUUGGGGAGGAAGGUGCUGGGGGUCAGUGGAAGCAGCAGCCUGGGAAAGGAGAAAUUGGUCAGCCGGUUACGUCAGCGGGAACAGCUAGGCAUGCUGGUGAUGGCAGACAGAGAAAUGGCUGAUGCAGAACUAUUAUCCUAUCGGGAAGAUCUGGAGAACCAGGACUGUCUCACACAGAUGGAUGACCUGCAGGUAAAUAUGAUGACUCUGGCAGAGCACAUCAUUGAAGCAACGCCAGAGAGAAUCAAAAGGGAGAACUUCACCGCCGCAGACUCAGUGCCCUUAGACACGUCAGGGGUCAGCAACACCAUGAACUGGCUGGCCAACUACCUUGGAGAUGUGGAACAGCUGCCGAGCAUCAUACACCUACGAUCUCUGUAUAAUGAACCCCUGACCCCAUCAUCCAACCCCAACCUCAGUCCUGGGGGGUCUCCACUGAGAGAGGGGCCCCUGGAGAGGUCUACACUCACAUCCCCAGCUGACUGGAGUGAGUUCAUCAAUGCCUCCAACAGCAAGGUGGAGCGAGACCUGGCCCAGCUGACUCUGUCAGAUCCAGAGCAGAGAGAGCUGUAUGAGGCUGCCCGCCUAGUCCAAACUGCCUUCCGCAAGUACAAGGGGCGGCCGCUCAGAGAGCAACAGGAAGUAGCUGCUGCUGUUAUUCAACGUUGUUACAAGAAAUACAAACAGCUUACAUGGAUAGCCUUGAAGUAUGCACUUUAUAAGAAGAUGACGCAGGCCGCCAUCCUUAUCCAGAGUAAAUUCCGCAGCUACCACGAACAGAAGAAGUUCCAGCAGAGCAGGAGGGCUGCCGUGCUCAUUCAGCAAUACUACCGCAGCUACAAGGAGUUUGGCAGGCUGAAGCCCCAUCACCGUGGGGCUGCUGCUGCCCUUGUGCAGCACAAACUGAGAGGUAGUCUGCUCACAAAGAGGCAGGAUCAGGCUGCCAGGAAGAUCAUGAGGUUCCUACGUCGCUGCCGCCACAGCCCCUUGAUGGACCAUAGACUGUUCAAGCGGGUGAGUGCAGCCUCAGCAACUCAGGCGAAAGAAUUGAAAAGGGCCAGGGAACAUGAGACCCCUCAGAAGAGCCCCCUCGCGAUGUGACAUCAUUCUCCUGACUCCUCUUUUAUUUUUUGUUUGUACCCGAGACAUUUUACAAGAGAAAUGGGAAAAUAAACAUCAAUGCAAGCACUGCAAUUAUUACUACUACUGCAGUGGUACUGGUUCAACUACUAUUACAUGUACAACGGCAUUUUUUCACAUAUCUAUUCUUUCCACUGACUUGAUUUUGGUCUGAGAGUGGCAUCUUCUACAGGAUUAUAAACUAAAAGGUUCGGGGUGGGGGGUGCAGAACAUUUGCUUCAUGGUAUUUUUUGCACUUUUUCAUGGAUUGCUUUGUCUUUUUUGGAUAUGAAGAGGUUUUGGACGUUGAAGGAAGUGAACGCAGGACGUGUUUGAGGAGGUCUGUCACAUGCGAGGACCUGAAGAGACAUAGAUUAAGGCUGCUGCAGGGGAUCUCAGAGGACAGGGAGACCAUGCAGAAACACGCUGGGCUCUAAUUGUAUUUCAUAAUUUUUUAAGUGACCAAUCAAUUCAUUUGAAGGAUUAUUUUUUAACCAAAUAUAUUGGUAACCCACACGCCCACACUAUCCACUGCUCUAGAUGAUAUAAUAUCCAAUUUAGCUCAACAAUUCCUCCCACCAGUCUGCCCACACGGGUGGAGCUACAAAUGAAUGUAGUCGGGGGUUUAAUCAUGCAGAAGCAGAUGGGGGAUUAAAUAUUUCUGUUUUGCCAUUUCUUAAAAAAACCUAUGCUUUAUCGUAUAUAUUGUCACUUUAUUACUUGAAUUUGUUCCAUACUGUCCAAUGUAUUUGUUCCAUCAUGUCCAAUGUAUUGGUGAUCUGUAUCUUCAGAAUCUAUGUUGUUGAAUCCUACCAAGAAAAAAUGCAUGACUUCUUGGCAAGAAAAGUCUUUGCUUGUGUGCUUAUGGUCUAGUCUUUCAGCCUAUCCUCUGAUUUUCUUUUUGUUUCCACUUUAGUGGUCCACAUAUCCAUCUUCUCCCCCAUAAGUUCUACCAUCUCAGUAAUGAAGCUAUCCCUGUAUUUUCCUGUUUUUUUUAAAUUUUGUUUCAUUUUGCUUCGUUCAGUUGAUUGCUCCUCUGAAACCUAACAAGAGAAAAGAAUUUGCCUAUUUUGUGUUGUAAUGGUUAUGGUCAUGCAGGUUAUUACUGUUCUUUUUAAAUGAACUUCAGAGCCUGUGAAGGCUUUUGAGGGGAAGAUCACAUACAUUGCCUUGACGUCUUAGAGAUUCUUUGAGGGGUCCCUAAGCUUGUCCCAAAAUAGGGGUUUGACAAAUCCAUAUUUUUGACAAUUGAGCGAUUUCUGUAUAUAAAGAAGGCUGAAAGUACGUAGGAUAAAACAUUUACCCAAAGGGGAUUGUAUUUUAGAAAUAUAUUAUUUUAUUCAUUAAAAAUGGGUCAAAAACAGGUACGAGACAAAAACAGAAUAUUUGUAUAGUUUUGUUUGAAUGCCUAAGAAGUAUGGUUGUAUUGUUUGUAAAUAGUGUAAAUACCUGGAAUAAAAAUGAGCUAUGUGCAUGAAAAGUAUGAACAGAGUCAAAAGGGGAAAAAAACAACAAAAGCAGUAGUGGCUAUGCUCUGUAAAAUUAAACCUAUUUCACUAUUAGAGUAUUUUAUUUUAUUUUGAUUGUUCUUGAGAAGAACAUUUUGCUAAAGCAUGAUACUAUUGCAAUAUAAAAAAGUAAAAAAAAAAUACUGUAUUUAGAGUUAGGAGAAGUCUGCAAAAUUAUCUUAAAACAAGUAUGGCUAUGUUUACAUUUUUUUUAUUUGUUUGUUUUGGGCUACCAAGAAUUUCUUGCCAAUGGUGCCAAGGUAUGUGAAUGCUAUAUAGCUUAAGAAGAGAAUUAAGUUAAUUUUUGCAGAACAGAUAAUCAUACAGUGAAAUACACACUAGCACUGAAGACCAUAUGAUCACAACUGGCCGAGGAUCACUAGAACAGUAAGGUACACAGUUUGCAGAGGGAGUCAUAUUUAAGCAGAAAGCAUUAAAGUCUCUCAUGUCUCCACCAUUCCCACAGAUAACUGAAGCAUUUGACCAUCACUGAAUACACCAUAGCAAAGUUUGAGUUUUAUUUUUGUUGUCAUUGCAAAUGGAAUGUGAAAUGUUACUGAGGUAUCUUGUCUGAUCUUAAAGAUUGGCAGCCUUGCCCAUGGUGUCCCUAUAAAGCGAUGUAAUUACUCUCUCGCUGAGAAAGAUUUAAUUCACCUCUUUACUAUAAAUGUGCAGUAUGUUGCAGCAAAUAUUGAUUUCAGAAUCAGAAUCAAAAAUACUUUAUUGAUCCCUGAGGGGAAACUCAGCUGCUCACUAUCACGUCAAUGCACACAGGAAUAGAAGUACUAAGCAAAUCAAAAUAUAAUGCACUAUAAUACAGGUAAGAUAAAUUAAGUACAAUUUAUCAAUUUGUGGCUGAUCCCUGUAGUAAACUGGUGACAGGAUUUUCCUAAUACAAUAUGUUUUAAUUACAAAAAACUCCUUGAUCAAGGCUGCCAGGGUUUAAAUAGAGCUUGUAUUCCAUGUCAAAAAGAACAAAAAAAAAAAAGAUGUCUAGUUGAAAAACAUCUGUAGCAUACUGUACAUGACUGGAUUUCUUUGUCAAGCAGCUGAAAACAUUUGCAAAAUGAACUGUUCCAACAGUCAAAGGUGCUAAAAUGAUUCUACCCAGAAGGACAGCCCGUAAAGUUGUCACUUGCCUCGAUGCAGGGUCAAUGAGCCAAAAUGACUGUAGUAACUAAUGUGUAAAACAGUGCACUGGUGCCAUUUAUAAUUAUGAGGCAUAAGAUGUGUCUUGUACAUUGGAUAAUAUUUACAUAUAUAGCAGUUUUGAUUGAGCUCUAGGAACAAUCUGAGAGAGAAUACACAUGAGCUGCUGGUUUAGAGAUGCCUGUUGGUUGCUGCCUAAUUCCUAUAAUAUAUUCCUACCAGAACUACCAGAAGGUGUAUUCUGUAUCCAAGUAAUGACAUUUGAUUAUUCAGCCAAGUGCCACUGAAAAACUUUUCAGUUUUGAGUUUUGUUUAUAAAAGUAUUGUCAUGUUUGUCAAAUAAUUAUUAGGCUAAAUAGGUAUUUCUUGUAUUUAUUUCCUUGACUGACUGGUUGUUUUGUUGUUUUUCACACAACUGAUAUGUAAACUUUAUUUCCCGAGUGUUUAUGUAGAAAGUGCCUAUUCAUAUCCUGAUCACACAAAUCCAGUCUCAGAAUGCAUACGAUGUACCUGAGGUUGAGAAAAUGUGAGAGAACAUGGUCCACCCACAGACAGUGCUGCAUCCUCUACAUGAACACACAUGAUCACCAUCACAUUGCGCUCACCAAAGCCACAAUACGAUAUUCCCCGCUCACACCAGUAUCAGUACAGCACACCAGCUUGUCAACAUGCUAAGCUUUAUUUUUCUUUUUCUGCCUUCUUCUGUUUCCUACUGGGAAUCACACUUCCACAUCACAAUGCCACUACUGGGGUUUGUUGCCUUGCAUUCAUCCUCUAGUCUGUGGUUAGAAUGCAUUGACAAUGCAAUGUCGUGGCAAAAAGGAGAAGGAUUUAUUAUGCUUGCAUGGGUAAAAUAGUUAACUGGGUGACAGAACUGCACCUAAAGCAUGCUUAUUUUCCUAGAAUCGGUAGUCAGAUAGACUUGUUAAGACUUACUGUUCUGUAAAACGAUGAACGUUGGUUUGACGUGUCACAGAACUUAGAAGGACAGAGGGCAUGUGACUGGAGGGCAGACGGGAAACAUACGAAUGAGCCAAUGAUCCAUACUCAGUAGCUAUAGAUGUUUUCAUGGCAAAGCAUGAGGACAGGAUUGUUUUUUAGGCCAAGCUCUAACUUUUUAGACUUUUUCUUUAGUUUUUUGAUUAAUUUAGAUUUGAUCAGUGUGCUCCCAACUUCAAAUACGACAAACGGACAAGGUUGGAGACCAUUGUGAUAGUAUGUAUAGCAAGUAUUAACUAAGUGACACACGGUACACACAAACACAUGCACAAGACAGCACAGCACACAUGCAGACAUGUCAAGGUGUCAGUUUCAUUUGUACACUGAGCGGUGAAGGCAGCAUUGCUCUUCUCUAGGCUGAGGGACUGGUUCACCUCCCUUCUGUAUUUUACUCAGGGUGCCAAAAUGGGGAGGAGGAAACAUAGCAGGACACACGAUUCACGGCAGAAGAAGCUGAAAUUCAAAUGGCAAAACCUUUCAGCAGUGCUUUCUGGUAAAGAAUCUGGGACAGACAGGUUCACCACUGAGACAUUGAAGUCUUUAAAAUGAAUGAAUAUGAAAUAUAAUCCAUUUCCUCUCAGUAACGUUGAACAUUACAGACACCAGUGGAGCCCUGGAAUAAAGUCCUGUUAUAUAUAGCUCAUUAAGAUAAAUGAUUUGACUUUCUGUCAUAGAAGCCUGUCAAAUCAUAGUAUAAUUCUGGCCAGUUCUUUAGGCCAUUAAUUUAUCUAAGUGACAAAGUGCAAAGGGUAUUUAAGAAUAAGAGUGUAGUUAUGUGAAAAGUUCACCUGCAAAUCUUGUUUUUACUGCCAUUUAUGAAUGGGAUGACAGGUUAGCUGAUAGGCACUCUUCAUUAGUAUACAGUAUUAUCAAUUUCAAGACGUUCUGUGAAUUGACCUGGGAAUCUGCCUUUCCUCCUCUUCUUUUUCCCAAGCACCCAAACCGGAGAAAGGUAGGCACAUCAGGACAACAGAACAGAAACAGUUUUACAACAUAUUCCACUUGUGGACACAGAGCAAUAAAGAACUAUUUUGUGGAGACCUAUAGACCUAGUGAAGUUUAAAAUGAUUGGACACAUGUAGUCGACUUACUCUUAUGCAAAUGCCAGUAUUGCAAGACAAGCAUUCAGUAGUUUAUGGACAGCAAUUAUAUGGCACCCUUUACCGAACUGCACGUUUUCAUCAAUUCCAAACCGAGAAGAAAAAAAAAAGGCCCUGCUUUGAUAGAAAGUUAUGGGUCCUCGACACUUUGCAUGUGAACUAGUGUUAGAUCUAUUUUCCUCUCCUCUAUAGCUGUCUUUCUCUCUGUCUUUCCCUGUUAUGUGACCCAAUUUUUCUCCGCUCCCAACCCCUACCUUUAAAAGUUUCAUCUCCUCUUGGUUCUCCUAAUGUGUUUUGUUUUCCUCCUUUUUCUUCCCUUCUCUUGUUUGUAACUUUUAUUUUUGUAAUUGUGCAUGUACAAGCGUCACUGACUCGAUGGAUAUGUUAAAAAAAAGAGAUUUCAGCUGCUGAAGCCAUGCAAAACGUUUUGAAUUGCCCUUAAAAUAUGGAAGAUGUUUUCUGAAUGCUUUAUAUUCUUUCUGCUGUAAAAUAAUAAAAAAAGGAAAAAAUGAAGAAAACUCGA